AUGAUUAAACAGCUUUUCGACAGAUGUGGCCCAGAAGAUUAUAUGAGUAAUCUUUGCGACUACCAAAACAAAACAUUUACUAGCAACAAGGUUGAUGAUAAUUAUCACACUGGUGUAUUUGGAAGUGGGGUUGAGAGUGCUUUUUGGCAACUAGUCAUGGCUCUGAUCUUCAAAUUUAUUUUCACCAUAUUCACAUUUGGUAUCAAGGUCCCUUGCGGGCUAUUUGUACCUUCUAUUGCUAUGGGCGCAAUAGCAGGAAGACUUGUU